AUGAACUAAACUCCGACAAGUAUAAAUACUUUUACAACAACUGAUAAAGAAUUAGAAAAUAACUUAAAGGAUUUACUUGAGAGGAUUUUAGUCUAUGUGGAGAAAUAUAUAGAAACAAAGGAAGAACUAAAUUAAAUUGAAAAUGAGUUGAAAGACUAUGAAAGUUUGUCUUAUUUGGUUGGUAUUAUAAAAGUAAUAUUUACUAAACUAAUGCUGAAAAUAGAGAAGAAAGUGUUGUAAGUAAAAAAUUAUUAUUCAAAAUCCAAAGGAAAUUGGAUAAAUGCAACGAAUUGGAUAAGUCUUAAUAAUAUAAAGAUGAUGAAGAAUAUGACAAAUUAGAAUAAGCUCUAAUAAAAUAUGAGCAAGAAAUUCGCAGCCAUAUAAGUGUACUGAUAAAUAAAAAAGGUUUAGGUUGAAUAACAAUUAAAACUAUUUGCAGAAUCUAUUCAAAAUAAAUUAGAUGAGAGUGAGCAAAUUAGAUAAGAAUUAUUAGAAACUACUAAAAAUAAUAUAAGUGUAAAUAUAUAUAAUUGAAUAAUGAUAGAGAUUAAAAAGAGAGAAUUAAGAGUUGAAUGAGAAAGAAUAAUAAUUAUAAUAGGAAGUAAAUAACUUAAAAUAAACCAUAUAAAAUUUAGAGAAAGAAAAUAAAAAGAAAUAAAUAGACUCUAAUUAAAGAGAUUAUUUAUAAGCCUUAAUAAAUUAACAAACAAACUAAUCAUCAAAAUUAUAAAAGAAUGGACUUAAUCCAAAGUUUGUUUUAGAUUAAAGAUAAUAAAAUUCUAAUUCUGAGCAUAAAGCAAACCCAGAAUUGAUACUUCCUACAUAAGCAUCAUAAAAGUUAAAUUAUUAUAGUAUAAUAACAAAUGCAAAUACAAAAUAAAAAUCAGAGGUGAUGAAAUCGAUACAACAAAAAGAUUUAAAUAAUAUUUACGGUUAAAUAAUGAGGAGUAAACAUAAUUCUCUAUCAUCUAUUAAUGAUUUAAUUUAAAAUGCAUCACAAUAAGAUAGGAAACGAACAGAUUAGUUGUAAUCAAUAUCUAAAAACAGUUCUUAGAAUAAUAGUAUGAUUUAGAAGAAUAGAGGUAUCGUUAUAUAUAGAAUAAAAAGAGUAUAAAUAAAUUGAACAAAUAGAAUUGUAAUAGAGAAGCAAAAGUUCAAAAAGAGCAGAUGACAUAAUAAAAUAAUAAACUUUAGAAUCGCUAAUAAAAUUGAAAUGA